AUGACGUCCAAACUCAAGCCUCUGCUCCUGCCGCCGCUGGUCGAACAGCGAUUUGGACGGGCUGAGCAGCAACACAUCAAGAGACCGUCCGCCAUGGCAACUCCCGACCAGGAUUCAUCAUUCGUCUACUACACUACCAAUUCCUCAGCAUCCGACAUCACCUCCCCCGUAACACCCAUCUUCUCGCCCAAGGGCCACCAGAGAUUCUCGAGCUCCACCUCGUCGCUGGAACUGCCCAUGCAGCUGCCGCAGGAAUGUCCAACCUCACCAUCACAGGCCUCGAGCACCAUGUCUAGCUUGCGACAGCUGCCUGAUGUUGAAGAGGAACCGCUAGAUCGCGGGGAGGACACAGCUACUCUUUCCGACCACCUGCACUUUGGCCUGUAUAGCUGCUUGUGUGACCAACCUUGUUCCCACCGCAACAGCUCAGACGCAAUUUUCCCUUCUGACUUUGUCUCGGAGUGUGAUAUCGACUAUGACAUGGGCUUUUUGAGCGACACCGACUUCACCACUGACCCUCGCUACCCUCGAAAAAAGCGCAGUACUACUGAAGCUGCUUUAUCCGACUUCACAUCACGGCUGGGCGCUCGAAUGCCUACACUCAAGCGAUGGCGGUCGAGUAAGCGUGCAGCUCUCAGAGCGUCGCCCACCACUGGGUUAAGCCUGGAGAACGUCUUGACUCGCGAGUCGUUGAGCAGCCGUUCAUCGUCCAUGUCCUCGUCAACACAUUAUCUACCCGAACGUGCUGCCGAGUCGGUGCCACCGGUCCCGUCCAACCCAACCAUGUCUCUCUACAGCCUCAGUGAUGACGCGGGAACUGGACUUGGCAUAGACAUUACUCCCGAAGAUCACUCUACUCUGGAACGCGAUCGUGCCAUGGCUACUACUCCUCUCCUGCCUCCCCUCCUCAUCAACCCGCUCGCUUCGCCUCCACGAGAGUCACCGCUGCAAUCGCCCAAAGUUGAAACGAGCCCAACCCCAGAUGCUCCGCUGUCGCCUUUGUUUGGUGCGCCAGCGCAGUUCUCCCGACCACCGCUGAGCACUCGCCCAUCCAUGUCCUCUCUGCGAAAUGUGUCGAGCAGCACCGAGCCGCCACUUCCGCUUCCCGCGAUUUUGCAGGAGCAUGAUGAGUGGUCGGACAAACUUGGACACGCUAAUUUCACCAUCUCACCACAACCGUACGAGCUAGAAACCAUCAACCCAGAAACGAUUGCCAAAUUCCGGAAUGACUGGGAUCUGGCUCGCAUAAAUUACACCAAGCACUUGGUCAGGACUGGUGAAAAUUAUGGACAGACAAGCAAAAUCUAUAAUCUUACUGAGCAAAAGUGGGCCGAAGUAGAACUUCGUUGGCAGACAACGUUUGGAGACAUUGUGAAAAACACUAGUCACUCAACCCCUGGAUCCGUCAGUGAGUCUCGAAACCAGAGCCGAGGCCGGGGACGUGGCCGUUCUAGCAGUUCCAAUGCUGCGGCGCUCGCGCGACUGCCAGCGCAUGACGAUCUUGUUGCCGAACUCGAGUGGAGACGUCUGGAGGACUGUCUUCCGAGCGCCGUGCCGCAAAUGUUGAAGUCACUUGAUGCGGACGGCAAGUUCCCCGGCCGCGGGGACGAAGACAUUGUUGGACCCAUGCAACGGGAUGCGGUAAUGGUGCGUGCAAGAAGUGAAGAUGCAAAGGGUCGGUUCUGGAAGACCCUAGCAGAUCGAGUAGGACUGCGCAAAUAG